AUGCGGGCCUCUACUGCGAUGAAGCUCGUGUCAGCGGGCUGCACAGCGUUGCUGGCGAGCAUGCCAGCUCCCGCUGCCGCCGAGAAGCACAUUUUCGACUUGCGCACCGGGAACGACUACGAGAGCGACGCUAAUUGCGAGGAUUCCGAGACCAAGAAGACGCGGUAUCUCCAGAUUGAAAUUUUUGACUACAACAAGACGCCCUGGCUGGAAAUUACUUGGAGGCAGCUGACCGACGAAUGCGGGAACGCCAUCAGCGAUGGCUUCGAAGGGAAGGCGCACUACAAAGACGGAGACAGACAGGACACCUCCAAGUUCCAGAUCGACAUGUACGUCUGCGCUCCCUGGGGACACUACGAGCUGGAGGUCGUCUCCAAGAGCACGAACGGCGGCAACCCCAUGGAGAGGAUCGCCUUCGAGGUUGAGUACGGCCCGGAGCAGUACCACAUCUGGGACUCCCUGAACACUCCGUUCUUCGACGAAGACGAUCCCCCCAGCGACUACGCCCCCAUCCCCACCAAGUACAAUGACGGCAUCGAGGAAGGCGACACCUUCACGUGGCCCCUCGAAGGCGCCGAGGGCUACUACUCCGUCAUGUACUCGGGCCCCUUCCCCCCGCUGGAGUGCCCAAACCUUUUCCCCGAGGACGUCGCCUACGUGGGGUGCUACCCUGCCGGCAUGUUCGGCGAAGCCGAGGGCCCCGAAGGUAGCGCCAACGACGAAGACCCCGCCGAGAACUACCGCCUGUUUGACGGCAUCGACGACGAAGGUGUCGCGGCUGACAAAGUCAUGACUCUUGAGAAAUGUGCGGCAAUCUGCACCGAGCAAGGAACAGCCUACUUCGGGCUCGAGUCUGCGGUGAAGUGCCUGUGCGGAGACGAGCUAGACGGUAGCCCCUACGACGACGUUCGCGGCGAGUCCGUUUGCGGAGUCGACUACACCGACGACGUCAACAUCCCCGAGUAUAAGUUCCUCUGCUCGGGAGAGAGCACGGUGCUGUGCGGGACCGACACGCACAUGUCGGUGUAUUCCCUCAAUGAAGGCCGCGAAGUGAGCGAAACGAGCGAUGACGGAGACUACGAGCUCAUCGGAUGUCGUGUGGAUGAUCGUGAGGCUCGGGUGAUGUCAGCGGGGCCAAUCGAGGGAGACGCCAUGUCCGCGGAGAUCUGCUUCGACAUUUGCCGCGAAUUGCACCCGACGUCCACCCACUUCGGGACACAAUACGGAAACGAGUGCUUCUGCACGGACGUGCUUAGGGAAAGCGCGGUUUCGACGGGCUGCACCUACGAGUGCAGAGGCAACCCGGAUGAGACCUGCGGCGGGUUUGACAUGAUCACGGCGUACCGGAUCGCGGGCUCCGAACCCAGCGCGGGGGAUGGCUACGUUUCGAUCGGCUGCCUGGCAGACAAGAACGGUGACAGGAUCAUGGAUGGGCGCAUGGUGACCUCUAUACCCAUGUCAGCCGAGAUCUGCUACGGGAUUUGCAAAGACGGAACAAACACGCACUUCGGCACCCAGUGGGGUAAAGAGUGCUUCUGCAUGGCGGACGCCGACUUCGAGAACAUGGAAAAGCACGGCGGCGAGCUGUCCACCGCGUCUCACUGCCAAAUGGGCUGUGCCGGGUUUACGCACCGCGACGAGAAGUGCGGCGGUUUUGAUGAAAUGUCGGCGUAUGAAAUCAUCCCCGAACCUGAGGUACCGGUGAUCGAUGGCCCCUACACGGCACUGGGAUGUUUCGAGGACCCUCGCGACGGAGACAAGGCAAUGGACGCGUUGUUCACGGACGCUACGACAAUGUCGGCUGACAUAUGUUAUUCGAUCUGCAUGGAGGAGGACCCCGACUAUGAGUUCUUCGGCACGCAAUGGGGCAUUGAGAAAGACGAAGCAACAGUCACACAAUGCAACAGGAUAUCGGCGAACACCUUGUAGGUUGAACUUGCUGGCUACGCAACGAUAUGUUUGAGACCUUCAAUUCUGUAGUGCUACACGGUAAUCGUAAAAUGAGGGUUCACGAAUGAAUAGUCCAAAGUUGAAGACUUUUUCUCCGUUGGGGUUGUCUUCCUCGCUUGGAAUGGAUGCCCGCAUCUUGAGCAUGGGAAUGGAACUACUGUAAUCAGUUGUAGUGCUGGCCGCCCCGGUGGUCUAGUUGGUAACGUCGAAACUUUCUAGAGGUCAGGUCAGGGGUUGGAUUCCCGGCGUAAGCGAGCUUUUCUUGCAAAGUGAGUUUUUCUCUCGCUUCCGCUCCUGGCCUAGUGGAUAGCGCUAGUUCGUGUGUACACAGAGGGGAGAGAGUGCUGAAGUCUUCUCGCAUUAAAAACCGAAGGCAAAGUACCGCAGGGGAGGACGGGAGAGAGGAGCUCUUCUGUGUGACCACGGGUUGGAGUAAACGGCACUAGUGCUGAGAGCGCUGAUUUGAAGUG